AUGGUGGGCUUCCAGCUCAGGAUCUCAGGCCCCUGCCUGUGCCUGAAGGAGAGCAUGGAAGAGCAGGAUGAAAAGCCCCAAGGGUCCCUGAAGGCCUGCAUGCAGGAAUCUCUCCUUCCUCAGGAGAUUAUCAUCAAGAUUGAGGGAGAAGAUGCCCGGUCACUGGCCGUCCCAUCCCAGGAGGGAGUGAACUUCAAAAUAGUGACUGUGGACUUCACUCAGGAAGAAGAAGGCACUUUGAGCUCUGCUCAGAGGACCCUGGACAGAGAUGUGAUCCUGGAAAACCACAGGGACUCUUGGGACUCGGCAACUGCACUUGGAAGAAGAGAAUCGAGAUUGAAGCAGAGCAUUUUUGAUGACAAACUAUCCCAUAGCGUGAAGAUAGAAAAGUUGACAAGAGAUGAUCCUUGGUUAUCUUCAUGUGAAGAAUUUCAAGAUUGUAAGGAGCUGUUGGAGAAGCAACAGGAAAAACAAGAGAGACUUUUGAAGGAAGUGACAUUUACUCACAGGAACGCCAUUACUCAUGAGAGAGACUGCAAAAAUGAUAGCCCUGAGGAGAAGGCUGGUCUGAAUUCCAAUCUUCUUUCAUCACAGUUGAUACCUAUAAGAAACCGUUUUCAUAAACAUGCUUCACAUGUUAAAAAAUUACAUUAUAAUUCUAUGGUAAACACUCAUCAGAUGAUUACUGAUACAGAGAAACUCUGUGAAAAUAAUGAAUUUGGAAACCUCCCCCAGAGUAUUCAUUUUAUUCAGUUUACAAGAACUCAAACAGAAGAUAAAUCCUAUGGAUUUAGUGACAGUAUUCAACCUUUUAACCAUGGUACACCCUUAAACAUACAUGAGAAAAUACAUGCACAAGGAAGAUCCUUUGAUUUUAAGGAAUGUGGGCAAAUUUUGAACCACAGCAUAUCCCAUAAUGAACAACAGAGAAACUCCACUGGAGAGAGUCAGUAUAAAUGUCGUAAGACCUCCGAGAGUUCAUCCCUUGCUCAAAACAUGAGAAAUCAUUCUGAAGAGAAGCCGUUUGAAUGUAAUCAGUGUGGGAAAUCCUUCAGUUGGAGCUCUCAUCUUGUUGCACACCAGAGAACUCAUACAGGGGAGAAACCUUAUGAAUGUAACGAAUGUGGGAAAUCAUUCAGCCGCAGCUCUCACCUUGUUUCCCAUCAAAGAACUCAUACUGGAGAGAAACCUUAUAGAUGUAAUCAGUGUGGGAAAUCCUUUAGCCAGAGCUAUGUCCUUGUUGUGCAUCAGAGAACUCAUACUGGAGAGAAGCCUUAUGAGUGCAAUCAGUGUGGAAAGUCAUUUAGACAGAGCUACAAACUUAUCGCACAUCAAAGAACUCAUACUGGAGAGAAGCCCUACGAAUGUAAUCAAUGUGGGAAAUCAUUUAUCCAGAGCUAUAAACUUAUUGCCCAUCAAAGAAUUCAUACUGGAGAAAAGCCCUAUGAAUGCAAUCAAUGUGGAAAGUCUUUUAGUCAAAGUUACAAACUUGUUGCCCACCAGAGAACUCACACAGGAGAAAAACCCUUUGAGUGUAAUCAGUGUGGAAAAUCCUUCAGCUGGAGCUCUCAACUUGUUGCACACCAAAGAACUCACACUGGAGAGAAACCCUACGAAUGUAAUGAGUGUGGGAAAUCUUUCAACCGCAGCUCUCACCUUGUUAUGCAUCAGAGAACUCAUACUGGAGAAAAACCCUAUGAAUGUAAUCAGUGUGGGAAGUCCUUCAGCCAGAGUUAUGUCCUUGUUGUACAUCAGAGAACUCACACUGGCGAAAAGCCCUAUGAGUGCAGUCAGUGUGGAAAAUCCUUCAGGCAGAGUUCAUGCCUUACUCAACAUCAGAGAACUCAUACUGGAGAGAAACCCUAUGAAUGUAAUCAGUGUGGAAAAACAUUCAGCUUAAGUGCUCGACUUAUCGUACAUCAAAGAACUCAUACUGGAGAGAAACCCUUUACGUGUAAUCAGUGUGGGAAAGCUUUCAUUAAUAGUUCUAAACUUAUUAGACAUCAGGCAACUCAUACAGAAGAGAAACCCUAUGGAUGUAACUAGCCUGGAAAUCUUUCAGCAGAGUAUAUCCCUUCCUCCUUGCCUCCCUUUCUCCCUCCCUCUUUCCCUUUCUCCCUUCAGCCCCUCAUUCCCUUGUUCCCUCCUUCCAUUCCUCCAGGAUUACAUGUAUUGGAAAGAACAAGUGUGAAAAUAGUGUGUGUGGGAAAAAAGCUCUCCAUUAGCUCUCUCGAACUGUGUAUCUGAAAACUCUGGAGAAGAAAGAAAAAGUAUGAAUCAUGUAUUUUACUUAGCAAUUCCAUGUUUUAAAAAAAGUCAAAC